AGAGGAGGAGAGUGAAGUUUCUGCAUCGUUAUUCUGUUAAAAGUCAAGUGCAAUUGUUGUGUUGUGUUGUGUUGUGUUGUGUGUAUGUACAUUUCAUGGCCCCUGAAACCUUCGUUGUUAUAUGUAGAGGCAAAUUCCUAGAAACCUUGAUGAUCUUUCCCCAAAACUUACAAACCAACCACCAAUAAAAACAUUUCCCUCCAUUUUCAUUUUUAAAGCUCACACGUUAUUGUAAUUAUAUAUACACACCAUCCCUUCCUAUACCCACAUCCCAUGACUCUCUCUUUAUCUCUAGAAACACAAUAGCUGCAUAUAUCUUCAGGUAGAAAUCAAUCAAAAACACGAAGCAAAACGAGUACUCUAAUGGCAACUUCACAACCCACCUAUCCAACUUAUCCCAACACCCAAACAACCUCGAACCCUUGUUCUUGUAGUUAUACAGACACUCAAUCUUCAUCACAACCGAUGCACGACAGAAUCCGAUUGAUUGUACGCCGUCUGAUCUUGGCCCUCAUCUUUCUAUUCGUCGGGAUCACUGCAGUCAGCUUCAUCUCAUGGCUCAUUCUUCAACCCCAGCUCCCUGUGGUUCGCGUCGACUCCCUCUCUGUUUCCAACUUCAACCUCUCUGACUUGCAGACAAAUGCCCGAUAUGAAGUUGAAUUCACCAUGACGAACCCAAACACGAAGAAAAGCCUUGAGUUUGAGCGAUUCUUGGUCUCGGUGUCCUACAAUAGGAACCUGCUCUCGAGGGGGUGGCUGGGCCGGGUUUCGGAGGUGAGGAAGAUGAAUGAGAGUGGAGUGAAAAUUGAGUUGGGAUCAAUCCCGGGAGAUAAUUCCUGGAUAACGACAAGGACGACCAUUGAAAUAGGGAGUGAUUGGGGCGAGAGGAGGGAGGUGAGUUUGAAUGUGGGAAUGGUGGGUUUGGCUCAAUUUAAGGUUAGUGAUUGGCUAAAUACGCACAGCUCAAUUAGUGUUUCCUGUGAGAAUUUGAGAGUCGCGUUUAGCUCGAAUGACACGAGUUCCAUGACAGGGAAGCUCAGGGGUACUAGUGACUGCUCAGUUUACCUUCUUUGACUUGUUAUUAUGCUCUGUUUAUUCUUUUAUUCAAUUAUCUGUUAGAUAAAUUGGCAUAGUGAGUGAAUAGUAGCAUGAUGUUAUGUGAUUUUCUCCUUUAUAGCAAUAAGAUUGUACCAAUUUACAAUAAGUCUGAAUCAACUACAGAGAUUAUUAGGGAUGGUAAUUUAAACCCGGCCCAACGGGGACCCGAUCCCCCUACCCCGAAAUAAGUGAUUUUUCCCAGAAAAAUAUCCCCGCGGGGACGGGGAUGGUAUUAAAAAAUCACUCCCCGAUCAAUUUCGGGCUGGGGACGAGGAUAAGUGUCCAAGCCCCGUACCCGGCCCGGCCCCGCCCCGCCCCGCCCCCCGCCCCGGUUUGUUCCCCGAAGUAAAAUUACAAUUUCACCCCUAUAUAUAUAUAUAUAUAUAAAACCCAGACCUAAAACGUUACUCUCACUCAUUCAAACUCACUCAUAUGCUGCUGCUCUCUCCUCUCUCUAACCAAGGACGCUCUGCUCUCUCCUCUUUCUCACCGACGAG